AUGGAGGGUUGGAGGUUUCGUCCCACGGACGAUGAUCUUGUGGGAUAUUAUCUCCUUCGCGAAGUAACCGGUUGUCCUUUCUCUCAUGUUGGGAUUGCACAUGACUUUGACGUGUUUGGCAAGAAAGAACCUUGGGAAAUCUGGAGCACGUUUCGAAGCGAGAAUGACCAUGAUAAUCCUGAUCCUGAUGAUCUCAACUUCUACACCAAGCCCAAGAAAAACACACCGAAAGGAAAACGUUUCAACCGCAAGGUUGGCUCCGGCACAUGGAAAGGCCAAGAUUCCAGCACCGAGAUUUACGCUUCCUCUGCCGACGAUAACGACAUUGUUAUCGGCUUCAGGAAACGAUUUCACUACGAGAACAAGCAGUCCAAAGAGCAUGAUGGAAGUCGGAUCAUGUUUGAGUACUGCCUUGCUGGUUCACUGAGUCAUUGUAUUACCGUUCCUGAUAAUGAUUUUGUACUUUGCCGAAUCCGGAAGAAAAGCUCAUCUGAAAACAAGAACAAGAGGAAGAACUCGAUGAUCAUUGGCUGUGAUGAUGAUUUGGUACCGCCACCUCUAAAGAACCAGAAGACCAAUAUUAAUAAUGGGAAUAAUAUUGGCUACUCUUCAUGUUGA